AUGGCGGCGGCAGAAAUUUGGAGGCUGUUCGCUUCGCAGCGACAAACUACGGACGACUAUAAAUUGGGGCAGGUCGGCAAUGUCAUCACAAAUAGAAACGCGAACAGACUCGAGUUCGAGCGACUUCUAGACGGCGCCAAAACUUACAUGAGACAUCAUAAGGUGCCAGGUGGUAUGAAGCGGCGUGUGCUGCGAUGGUACGAUUACUCUUGGUCUCGGGGUCGGAUUCAAGGGGGUGGCGAUAUUAAUACAGCUCUGGGGUUGCUCCCGGAUAAACUAAAGACCGAACUUGCUUUGCACGUCAAUUUAAGUGUUCUGAAGAAGGUAACAAUAUUCCAAGAGUGCCAACCAGAGUUCCUUCACGACCUCGUUUUGAAAAUGAAAGCAUACAUAUUCACUCCCGGCGAUUCCAUUUGUAGAAAAGGUGAAGUGGCUCGAGAAAUGUUUAUAAUAGCCGAUGGUAUACUGGAAGUGAUAUCAGAACAAGGCAGAGUACUCACUACUAUGAAGGCAGGAGAUUUCUUUGGAGAAAUCGGAAUAUUAAACCUCGACGGGUUGAACAAGCGAACUGCAGACGUACGAUCAGUCGGUUAUUCCGAACUUUUCUCAUUAUCACGUGAAGAUGUGCUAGCUGCCAUGAAGGAUUAUCCCGAAGCCCAAGAAAUUCUACAAACCCUAGGAAGAAAACGCCUACAAGAAGCUAAAAAUAUGUCCAAAAAAUGCAAAGGCGAAAUAAGUCCCGACAAGAUGUCUGGCGACGACAGUACAUCUAAAAGGAUCGUACAUAAACUUCGGAGCGACGUUAAGGGCAUUCGCAAUGCAAUCCGAAGCAGAUCUCGUGCUGGACGUAGAUCUGGAGAAUCAUUAGAACUACAAGCACUAGCUGGAGCUGAGAGGGCUGGGACUGCAGAAGGAAAAGUUUUAAGAAGGAUGCCAAGAGUCGAAAGUGAUGAUUCGGCUCAUCCACAUAACCAAGAAGAUAAUAAUGGAGAAACAACGUCUGGUAGCAAAGAUGGUGAGAAAUGUAUAUCACCCAUAGGAGCUGGUCUUCCAUUACUAUCACGCUUAAAGCUACUUAAAGAGAAACAGGAUCGUGAAGAAAAAGUUGCCAAACAAAGGCAUUCAACAUCAUCAGUUUUAUCUUUAACACCUCAACCAACUCCUUCUACCAGUUCAGCACCAGAUGCUGAACCAGAAGUAAUUGGAGCUGGUCUUCCGCUCAUACAAAGAUUGCUCUUGCUAAAAGCAAAAGAGGAGAGAGACAAGAACCAACUCACUCCAACGAUGAGCAAUCAGCCCUCCAGUUCCGACACUAUUAGUCCCACGUCCAUCAAAAGCCCACUGAGUCCUACAAUUAAGACUCUUAGCCCAAUCAGAAAGGGUUCAGAAUCCAGCUCUCCAGGCAAACUUCAAAGCCCCACCACUAAAACGUCAAGGAAAAAUUCUUCAGGAUCUAGUGAUGGAACAUCAAGGCCAAAAGUUAGUUUUAGGGAUAAAAUAUUACAAGUUCAGAGCGACGGUACAGCUGUAUGUCAACCACUAAAUAAAGAUGAAAAACCGGCGGCUGUUGUCGAACCGACUCCGAAAACAGAGAGCAACUUAAUUUCGAUACCCCAUUCCGUUGUUAGCAAAAUUAAGUCUCCGGCAAAAGCUGUAGGCUCUACAUUUCGAGAUAAAUUGAAACUAUUACAAGGUGGACCAAAGGAUACUGACAAUGCAUCAAUAGAAAAGGCUAAAUCAGCUUCAUUAGAAAAAGCUCCAGUAGAAAUAAGUCCGUUGCCAACAACUGAAGCCAAAGAAGAACCAAAGAGUAAAAAGCCUUGGACUAAACUGAAAAAGGCAGCUAUACUAGGGGAAUCAAAAAGUCAAAGCAAAAGUAGUUUAGAAGAAAAGAAAGAUGAAAGUAUAAAUACGGGUAGUGAGAAAAAAGAUGAAGGUAUUGCGGAGGCAGUUGUAAAUAUAUGUGUGCCUAUAGUAACCACAGCGGAGCUUGUUAAAAUAGACAAUAAUAAUGUUGAAGUUGCUAGUGAUAAUGAUAAAGAUAAACCUAAGCUUUGCUUAACAGGCCCUUUGGAACCCGUCCAAGAGAAAUCAUUAGAUUUAUUAACUUUAUCUCCCAAGAAAAAUGUUAACAAUGUUACAAAACCUGCUGAAACUAAGACGCAUAUGUCACCGGGGAUGUUGUUACCUAAGGUUAAAAAAUAUAGAUCUAUAGACGAUUUAUCACCAGAGUACGGCGGGCUACCGUUUGUCAAAAAGCUAAAAAUCUUAAACGAACGACAAAAAUUAGCAGAACUAGAAAAAGUUGUGAAAAUUAGAAGUUCUAGUUUAGAUUGCACUAGUUCGUCUGAAGAUUUGCUUUGUGAUACAUUAACUAGAAGUCAUUCGGAGGGCAGCACUAUGGAUAAAAGAAAAUUCAAACGGAAAUCUAUUGAUUCGUGUAGAAGCCACGAAUCUAACGAAACUCUAGAACGAAGAGAAUUGAAAUCCAUUUUGAAAAAACUGUCUGAAGAUGUCACUCCAGCUGAAAGUCCUGAGCGUAGUAAUGAGUUGAAGAGAUUAAUUCGUGCUCCGACUUUAGAAGGAUAUGCGGCAAGACAUUCAAAGUUUGCCAAGAGUGUAACCUUCCAUCGUCAUACACUACCCUCACCUCCUGGAAGUGCUCCAGCUGAUUAUCAAAAUGAUGACGUUUUUACAAUGCCAGAAGUGAAUAUCAGUUCGAUACCCCAAAUUUCUCCACCGCCUCCUCCUGACGUUGAAGUUACUGUACCAGAAGUUCCCAACAAUCAAAUCGCUAGAUCAGCAGAGCCAAAUGCACCCACCGACUACGGGCUGAACAUAAGAGCUGAAUACGAAUUUCAACAGAACAUUGAUCCAAUGAUAGAUUUAAAAUCACUAAGACCUGAAGAAAUUAAAGUGCCUUCAGAGAAACCUAAGCUAACUUUAAUAUCAGCGGUAGCAAACCAAAGAAAAUUGUUGCGAGGUUCCAUUGAAGAACAGGAAUAUUUUGGAGAAGUACUUUUAGGUAUCAAACAAGUUAUUCAAGGACACCUACAUGAUGUCCAGGGAAAAUUUCAGGAAAGAUUCAACAGUUUAGAAAACGAGGUUCGAAAACGGGAUGAAAUUAUAAGUCAGCUUCAAAAGCGUAUCCAAGAGUUAGAAAAAUUAGGACUUUCUGGAAUGAGUCCAACUGCACAACCGUCUGGAGAGACGCCUACAAUAGUUCCUGAGUCAAUAGAACCUACUUCUACCAGUCAGCCUAUUUCUAAAAGUGCUAGCUCAGGCAGUGAAGAUGCUUCUGCUGCCGAAGAAGGAUUCAUGAGAGGUGAUUCACUAGAUACGGUUUUCGCAACAUCACCACCAACAGCAAGCGCUGAUGAAGCAGAAAGAGAUAGGUCACCAGAUAAUGAAGCCGCUGGUGCUAAAGAAACCCUAUCACCUGACGACCUUACAGAAGAAAACCUUAGAGAACUUACGGAGGGAAUCGAACUAUCAAAGUUAUCGUACGCAGAACUACAAAAUUUAGCCGUAUCACUUUCACGAACUGACAAAACAUCAUCGAGUAAAGAGCAAUGGACUAUCAGCAAAUCGAAAAGAUUAGAUCUAAACUUAGACGGUAAAGCUGGAACAUAUUCGAGAAAACGUGCAGCAAAGUUGAAGCAACGAAAAUCUUGGGAGGACCAGAGUGACCAAGAGAGCAUGGAGAUGCAAGACUUAACGAGGCCGCUUUCUCCCCACACUACCUCAGAAGACAGGUCUCUUCUAAGCCCAGAACAGUCCAGCUUACGCUCCAGUAGAAGACACUUUCAUUUCUUCGGGUCACACCUUGACAACACGAAGUCCAAGAUCAAGAAAACUCUAUCGGUUGACACUGGAAUGCAUCAUACUGGGAAGAAUGAAAGGAGCAUCUGUUAUUCAGAGGGCCGACCGCGGCAGCAUCGCAAGUUUAGUUUGGGCUCUCUCUUCCAUCGGACCCCUGCUCAAAAGCCAACGAACAACUGCAACGAUGUCGUCCUCGAUAUGGGAAGUGAUUACAGUUGGAGUGAUGCAGGAUCAACAUCGUCUAGCAGUGAUUCAGAAUCAUUACCUCGCACGCCGAUGUUCGAAGAGUUUGUAGAGAACAAUUCUAGAAGAGGACGGGCCAGCAGCUCUAGUCAUGGCAGCUCGUCACCUAUUAGAGCAUUACCUGGAAGUGGCGGUGACUGGGAGGUUAUGAUGCUAGCGGAUGAACUGGAGAAGAGGGAAAGAGAAAAGGAGAGAGAAGAUGCUAGAAGGCACCUUUACCCCACCACGCUAAGAGACUUGGAAGAGGAAUCAGAUACCCCUCAACGAGAUGACAGUCCCGACGAGUAUUCGAACAUUGAAGACUCCAACUCUUCAUCCACCACCCAUCUUCUCUCCCAGUCCAUCAGUGACGCGUCACAGCGGUCUUUAGAGACUUCUUUCACUGAGCAAACUAGCAGAAUCGGGAGGGAGCCGAGGCAGAGACGUGUUGGGUCCGUGGGAGAACCGGUACAACCCGACUCCUCCUUCCGCCAGUCGCGAGGGCUCAUCCUACGAGCCGCGAGCCUGGACCGCGAGACUACACCCACCACCUCCGCAGGCACGCGACGCUUCGGCUCCCUCAAAAGUGCCAGCACUGAUUCGCACAAAAGACUCUGAUCCGCUUGGCCGAGCGGACACGCCCAGUCCGACGCCUUUCAAAGAGGUCCAAAUGAAAGAAAUGUGAUACGAGAUACGGCUCAAAAUUCUCAGGUAACUGUAAAUCAAAUUGAUUUAGGAAGUGGUAAGAAUGAUCAAAACGAGAGUAAAAGAAAUCAAAAUGGGGGUAAAAGUGAUGGAGAUAAAAAUAGUUUAGGUAAGGAUGGUGUACGUCAAGAAUUAGACGGAGGGAAUGGAGGCCAAAACGAUAGAGAGACUAGAAAUAAAGAUAAUAACGAACGAGAGAAUGCGAAUCCGAACAUAUUCGAUCAGCUGACAGUCAGCGGUCAAUUACUCAUCGUCAUUAUUUUUUUUGACGAUGAAUUUGACUAUGUAGUUUUCUUAGUACUACAAUAAGUUAAAAUGUGUUGUGUUAUGAGUGGACUAUUGUAUGACUGGUUCAUGCUUGACAUUGGACAAUUUAAGGGAACAUUAUGUUUGGUUUUGCAAUUAUUGCAAUCUUUGGAAUCGAUAAAAUUUACAUUAAUAUCUGGAUUAAAAACAGUCCCAAAAUUUUCUAUUGUCAAGUGCGUGUCUGUGCAACUAUAAUAAUAUUUCUAUUUCAUCUACUCUUUAUCGUAGUUCUAUCCAUCUAUCGUAAUCUAUCUAGGAAUCUAUUGUAGAUAAUCUAGAUCUAGCAUAGCAAAUAGAAUA